GGCAGUGCCAUAGCAACCGGAGCGUUAACGGUAGCAACGGCAAUGGCAAAAGCAACAACUAUCAAAGAAGCUCUAGCCAAAUGGGAAGAAAAAAAUGGCCAGAAGGCUUCAGAGGCAAAGGAGGUGAAAUUGUACGGUCAGAUUCCUCCUGUAGAGAGGAUGGAUGAAUCUCUCUCCGCGCUUGUUAACUGCGAGAAACUAUCGCUGUCUACAAACUGCAUUGAAAGAAUCGCCAACUUGAACAGCCUAAAAAAUUUGAGGAUUCUGUCUUUGGGAAGAAAUAACAUAAAGAACUUGAAUGGAUUGGAGGCAGUUGCAGAUACUUUAGAGGAGCUGUGGAUCUCAUACAACUUCAUUGAGAAACUGAGGGGUAUCCGUGUAAUGAAGAAGCUGAAGGUUCUUUAUAUGUCAAAUAAUUUGGUGAAAGACUGGGCAGAGUUUGUGAGACUGGCAGAGCUGCCAUUACUAGAGGAUCUGGUGUUUGUAGGCAAUCCACUACAAGAGAAAUACGCCUCUGAUCAGAAGAACAAUUGGAUUGAAGAAGCAACCAAACGGGUACCCAAGCUGAAAAAGCUGGAUGGUAUCCUAGUUAUUAAACAAGAAGAAGAUGAAGAAGGAGCAAACUGAUGACACUUUCUUGUUGGGUAUUUAAUUAUUUAAGUAACUCCAGAUAGCUCAGCACAUAGAACUUUUAUAUAAAAUGUUUGUUUUGAAGAAGAUCUUUGGGCAAUUUUUAAAAGACCAGCUUAUCUCCACAGUCUCUCACCCAAAGAGUUAGUUACCAAAAUUUGGGCACACCAAUUUUGUCAAGCUUAUGACACCUUCUGUAGAGACCAGUGGAGACGAGUUUAUCUGCUGUUUGGCUAGCAAGAGAUCUUUACCUAAACUAAUACAUAGCUAUUUUUAAUCCCUGA